UGGGGCCCUAGACUGGUAUGGUGGCUUCAGUGAGACAUUGGCUCUGAUGCUCAUAGUAUAGAUUUUUAGCUACUGCAUCGAGUAUAAAAGAAGUACAAAAAGAAAAAAAGUGGUAUAAUAUUCGUACAAUCGACGGGUGUCGCACACACACACAGACACGCGCGUUCGCACCAAAAACAUCACAGUAACAUAUACUGCCAACCCUCGUAAGUCGCCCCCGAAGCCGCCGUUGCUUUGCGCCGUCAGCAGGCGAAAAAAGAAAGAAACAAGUGCGUGAGUGUGAGUGUUGAAAAAUGUUCGCAAGCCGUCGAGGCGCAUUAGCAGCGCUGCUGCUGCUCUGUUGCUGCUGCUUUGCUCCGAAUGCAGCUGUCGCUGAGUUGGCGGACAAAUUGCGCGAUGAUUCGGAACUGUCACAGGGCACUGCCAAAACGUUCAGGCGCAUUAUGCCAGUUAGGUUCUACAGCCUGCUGGAGCAGAAUCCUGUGGCGAAUGCAACGUUAGCCCUGCGCUCCUGCACAAUCUUUGUGCCGACCAAUGAAGCCUUCCAGCGCUACAAGGGCACUGCGCAGGUUCUCUACCACAUGACCACCGCUGCGUUCAGCCAGAGUCAGCUGAAGACGAGCGUGACGUCGGACAUGGAGGGCAAUCCCUCGCUCUAUAUCACAAAUGGACGCAAUGGCGACAUCUAUGUGAACAAUGCACGCAUUAUUCCAUCGCUCAGUGUUGAGCUCACCAAUCGGGAGGGCAAGCGUCAGGUCAUGCACAUCAUCGACGAAGUGCUGGAACCCCUCACUGCCAAGUCUUCUAGCACAGAUUUGAACAACAUGGAUGCCAUGCAAUUUAUGCGAGUUGCCGAUCAGCUCAACUUGGGCAACAGGACUCUGCGAACGUAUCGCACACAGGUGACAAUGGCAAAGAAGGAAUCUCUCUUCGAGUCGCCUGGAUUCCACACUUUCCUGGUGCCCAUCGACGAGGGCUUUAAGCACUCAACACGCAGCGGUCUAGUGGACGCCAAGGUUAUCGAUGGUCACGUCAUACCGAACACUGUCAUUUUUACUGCCGCCUCAGAGCACGAUGAACCCAAGACUUCGGCUGCUUUUGAGGACCAGAUUAAGGUCACAGUCAGCUUCUUUAAGCAAAAGGACGGCAAGAUGUAUGUGAAAUCGAACACAUUUUUGGGCGACGCCAAGCACAAAGAAGGCGUGGUGCUAGCAGAGAUCGUCAAGGCCAACAUUCCCAUCAAGAAUGGAGUUGUGCAUCUGAUUCACCGUCCGCUGAUGAUCAUCGACACCACCGUCACGCAGUUCUUGCAGGACAACGGUGAGAAUGGAGCUCUGCGUAAGUUCUACGAGGUUAUUAUGGACGCUGGCGGCGGAGUGUUGGAGGGCAUUAAUAACCUGUCAGAAGUGACCAUUUUGGCACCCAGCAACGAGGCUUGGAACAUAUCGUCUAUCGACAAUAUUGUCAGAGAUCGCAAGAAAAUGACCGAUAUUCUAAAUAUGCACAUUAUCAAGGAUCGUUUGAACGUGGAGAAGAUCAGGCAGAAGAAUGCUAAUUUGAUUGCUCAGGUACCCACGGUUAACAACAGGACUUUCCUGUACUUCAACGUUAGAGGCGAAGGCGCAGACACAGUGGUCACCGUUGAAGGAGGCGGCGUCAAUGCCACUGUGCUGCAAGCUGAUGUGGCCCAGACCAAUGGAUUUGUGCACAUCAUUGAUCGAGUGUUGGGUGUGCCACACACCACUGUCCUGGGCAAGCUGCAAACCGAUCCAAUGAUGAGUGAUACCUACCGAAUGGGACAGUUCUCUCACUUCAACGAUCAACUGAAUAACACGCUGCGCCGUUACACUUACUUUGUACCCCGCGACAAGGCUUGGCAGAAGACCGAACUGGAUUAUCCCUCGGCGCACAAGAAGCUAUUCAUGCGCGACUUUUACUAUCACUCUAAGAACCUCUUGGAACGUCAUCUGGUCAUUGCGGAUCAUGCGUACACCAUGAAGGAGCUGGUUCAAAUGUCUCUCACGGACACCGUGGUUCUGCAAACAUUCCGGGACUCGCUUAAGGUCAAGAUCGAGGAGGAAGCUGGACAUCUACAUGAUGAGUAUGCUAGUCACGAAUGGACUGAAUAUGUGAUCUUGUGGAACUACAAGAAGAUCAACGUCUACCGACCGGACGUCGAGUGCACCAAUGGCAUCAUACAUGUCAUCGACGCACCGCUACUGGAAGAGAAAGACAUUGUUGUGAGCGGAGGUUAGAUAUUGUAACUAGCGUGAGUCCCCACUACCAAAACUGCGCGACAAAAGAAAUGUACGCGUACUCGCGUUACACCACAUAUUAUCUGUACUAUAACCUGUAUUAUUCAAGACAUAAAUGCAGUAACUAUCAGCCUAAAUGUACACUACUCGUAUCAACAAAGAAUCACGCCACCUACCUACCAAUCAACCCCAACCACCCCAAUAUGAUAUAAACAUGAAAAAGCAAAACAAAAAUGAAAAUGAAUGAAAAAACAAAAUAGCAAAUUAGAAUUCGGUUAUCGAGUAGCGACAAAUGGUCGAUAACCGAUGAUUGGUGAUCGGUGCUCAAUGCUUUGAUCCCCAUCCAAAUGAUCUUUAUCUUUAGUAGGCGAUGGGUAGUUGCUUGUUUUGUAAUCAGUUUAGUUUUGCCACAAGUGCAGUGCUACAUAUAUUAGCUACAACUAAAACUAAGUAUGUGAAAACGAAUACGCUAAAUGACAAACUAUGAAAUUGUACACGUAAGCUUUAAAAUUUGAUUGGAAUUGUGGGGAGAAUGAAUAUAAUGAAUAUGCUAUAGUCAGUAGUUACACGUUUAACGGGAUCCAUAAAUCGGGGUCCCGACGUGUAGCUAGUGCCUUACUAAAGAUAAACGCAUUACCUUAACCCUUAUACAAAUUUACUCAUCAAAACUAAAGUAAAUAUAACAUCUGAGGGACGAUCCUCGAGUCAACGUUAUAAAUACUAACGAAAUUAAAGAGAUGUUGCAAUAUUUCAGCUUAUACUAUAAAAUGUACACAACAAUUCAAUGAUAUAUUAAGCCACAUGCUAUUUACACCAAAUACAAAUACAUAAAUACAAUACACGAGACGGAUGAAAAACUCCAUAUUCCUCAUUAUAUCUAUUAAAUGUCGCAAGAAAACAAAACUAGAAUAUGUAUAAUGAAAAAAGCUCCAGAUUAGCAUAGAUUAGUAAAGGAUGAUCUGGUUAUAUAUAUUAAAUUAUUGAGUUUCGCAACAAAUAAAAAUAAAUCGAUAUACAUAUAUAUAUAAAUAUUUUUAUGUAAACACCAAGUCGAAACUAUGAUAAACAGCAGUGCAAAACGAAUAUUAUUCCACUUUAUUUUAUGACAAGCGCUUUUUACAAUAAAUGAGAUUCAUUAUAUAUAUAUUCGUAAAUCGCAAGAAUCACUAACUUUGCUUAGUAUUAGUUCAAGAAUUACCAAAUCAAAUGUAUUGGAAAACAACUAAAUGUCAACAACAAUAAGCUUGAGCGAAAUAAUAAAUCUUCUAAAAUAUACACAGUAUAAUAAAAAAACUUAAAACCUA